UGUGUGUUUAUCUGUGUGUGUGUGUGUGUGUCUGUGUAACUUGGUCUGUGUGUGUAUUUCUGAUAAAGAAACUUGUGAAAUGUAAAAUGAGUUCAUCAAAUGUGCUGAAGAACAGGUAAGUAGGUGAUGAGAGCCCUCUUGUGGUCAGACUGGACAACUCUGUUGGUACGGACACCACCUAACAUAAGACACCAGCUAACAUAGGACACCAGCUAACAUAAGACACCACCUAAAAUAGGAUAAGGGAUGAAGUUGGAUGUCUAAUCCUAACCCCUCAUCAUGUUUUAAUGAUUUCUUUCAGGUAAGUAUGGAGCCUCUUUACAUGUGUUUUAGUAAAGUAGUCAGUCUGACUGUUGUUUUUAAUCUAAUGUUGUGCUUUGUUCAAUUAGUAACGUUACCGUAAAUGACCGCGGCACAUUCAUGAUGAACAGAUUCCUUGUGGAGAUUGUAAACUUCUUCCACUUCCAGUCCUUGAAAUUAUAGAUAUGCCGUUGACUUGUGUCAUGUUCAGUUUUAAAUUCUGUGACUUUUCACAAUAAAUGCAUAAAGUUACUGUAAGAGUGUUUGUGGUCUUUCUUUUCAACUUUUACACAUGGUAAGAUGUCUCGGUGUCCCAGAGGUCUUCCAGGUGGAGCUGCAGAGAAACCCUCCAAUCAGAGCAGUCAAGUAACCCUUCCUGUCUGCUUCCUGACAGGUGGAGCUGGGACUCAUUCAAGGGAACAGCUCACCUGUGUCAGAGAUUUCUCUCCAGGUGGAGAGUAACCCUCUUCUUCAUCAACUCUUCCGCAUCAACUCUUCUUAAUCAACUCUUUGGACUGUUUGAAGAAACUGACCCAUCAGAGACUAGACCCUGGUCAACCUGAACCUGAACCCAGCUGUGUGUCCAUGAAGAGUCACCGGUCCAUGGAGACACCACUGCUUUAAAAAACAAGGCGACCUGUAAGGGAGGUUAAAACAAUGAAAAGUGUGAAGGAGCGAAUUCAUGAAAUGGAGUAGAGGAGAAUUGAAAUGGAGAAGGGAAGACUGAGCAGAGAAAGGAGAGGUGGACCAGACCAGUCUGCUGGAUCUGAUCCUGAUCCUGAACCUGAACCCAGCUGUGUGUCAUUCAAGAGCGACCGGUCAAAAGAAAAGAUCCAGCAGCAGAGAUCAGAGUAUCCUGAACCUGAACCCAGCUGUGUGUCCUUUAAGUGUGACUGGUCUAAGGAUUUACCUGAGACCUUCAAAGAUGAACAUCAGUCUGUUGAUCCAAGGAGAAAGCUGGAAGAACCAGAACCCAGAUGUGUGUCUAUGAAAAGCGACCUGUCUAAGGGUUUACCUGUGGCCUCCAAAGAUGGACGUCCCUCUGUUGAUCAAAGAGUGGACCAGGAGAUCUCAGAAGUUCUCAGUGGCCAGUCUGCCAAGCAGCAUCAAACACACCUGGACUCCUCUCACAGGAGAAUCAACAAGCCAUUUAAUGAUUGGGUGCAUCUCAAGACUGUUCCCCCAUGGUACUCCAUAACAUUUUAGGGCUGCUCUUAAGCGAAGAUAAAGGAAGGAUGUCCUAGGGACCUCAAAGCUAGCUCUCAGGUCUUCAAAACGUAACAUACCUUCAUCAUUGAAUAUCUGGUUUAGAGUAUAAAUACCUCUGUCACUCCACUGGAUAUAAACAAAAGCUCCUCCACCUGUUUAUAAUUGAUUGAUGUGUUG